CAGAAUACUAAUUAAAGCCUUAAAAGGUCUCUCCUCACCCAACAAGAAUAGACUGAGUGAUACAUCAUACAUCUGCAUCGCCUUCUCUUCAAAGCAAGGAACCCAAACUUUUAUCUAACCCCCCCCCUCUCCCCCACACACUUCCCAAUCUCUCCUUUAUUUUAUUCUCCAACCUCAUUAGCUUUGCAAUUAGCACUCUCUCCUUAACCAUUUUAACUACCCUCUCUCUCUUUCUCUCUAAACAUUCAUCCAUGCCCAAAAUCUUCAGCAAUGGCCAUCAAAGUUUGUGUGAUAUCUUUCCUCCUAACCUCAGUUCUCUUCUCUCUCCUAUACAUCCCAACGAGGUUAAAAAUCCCCAUCCACAACUUCAAGCCGGUCAUAAACUACUUCAACUUAACCACCAUAUCCAACACCAGCAACACCAAGCCAUAUCCAGUGACAUUUGCUUACCUAAUCUCUGCAUCCAAGGGCGAUUCCAUGAAGCUAAAACGCAUGCUGUACGCCCUAUACCAUCCUGGAAAUUACUAUCUAAUCCACAUGGAUUACGGUGCACCAGAAGAUGAGCACAGGGACAUUGCUGACUUCGUGGCUGGAGAUCCAGUUUUUGGGCAAGUUGGUAAUGUUUGGAUUUUGGGAAAACCUAAUUUGGUCACUUAUAGAGGACCAACAAUGCUUGCUACUACUCUUCAUGCGUUGUCUUUGCUCUUGAGGACUUGGGAUUGGGAUUGGUUUAUCAAUCUCAGUGCUUCUGAUUAUCCUUUAAUCACUCAAGAUGAUAUGAUCCAUGCGUUUUCUGAUUUGCCAAGAGAUCUCAAUUUUAUACAGCACACCAGUCGCUUGGGUUGGAAGCUGAAUAAGAGAGGUAAGCCAAUGAUAAUAGACCCAGGACUGUACAGCCUCAAUAAAUCAGAGUUGUGGUGGGUAAUUAAACAAAGGGCUCUCCCAACUGCUUUCAAGCUUUACACAGGUUCAGCUUGGACAAUUUUAUCAAGAUCUUUUUCCGAGUACUGCAUAGUAGGGUGGGACAAUCUGCCAAGGACUCUCCUCCUCUACUACACUAACUUUGUCUCAUCACCGGAAGGCUACUUCCAAACCGUAAUAUGCAACUCCGAAUACUACAAGAACACCACGGUCAAUCAUGACCUUCACUACAUUACAUGGGAUACACCUCCAAAGCAGCACCCGAGGUCUCUUGGACUCAGAGAUUUUAGAAGAAUGAUUCUAAGCAACCGUCCAUUUGCUCGAAAGUUCAAGAAAAACGCCCCGGUUCUAAACAAAAUCGAUCGUGAACUUCUUAAACGACGUCGUGGACAAUUUGCUUAUGGGGGGUGGUGUUCUGGGAGUAAUGGGAAGACGCAAAAUGUAUGCUCGAGUUUGCAGAGUGAAAACUAUGGCGUUUUAAGGCCCGGACCCGGGUCUAGGAGGUUGAAAUCUUUGUUAACGAAACUCCUCUCCACAAGGAACUUCAAGAAACAACAAUGCAGAUGAUUCCUUUAGCCAAAAGGAAUAAAUUGUAUGCUUUUAAUUAGUGUUCUACAUGAUUUUUUGAAAUUUGGGGUUUUUUUUUAAAUAUUUUAUACAGAAUUCUAAAAGGUGGUAGUGGUGUGGCGGGCAACUUAGGCGUCUGGGCGGGGCACUAAACAAGCAAUUGAACACAUUAUAUUGCCCCUCUAUUUUCUGUUUAGGGUGUUUUUUCUUGUUCAACACAAUUCUUAGCCUUACAAUUGAGUGGGCCUCAAAUAUUUGUUUUGAGUCCAUGGAUCAUAUGCAAUUGUGCUGGGAUGACUCGAGACCAAUAUUUCAAUUAGGGGAUUAUUUUCUGGUAAGAGGUUAUCAACUUUAUUAGUUAAGAUCAUUCACUUUUGCAUCGAGUUUUUGAUAGCGAUCACUAUUUGAUUUAGGGUUUAGGAUUAGCAUCCAACAAUACAUAAUAACGUAUUUAUUAAAAAAAGUUUCAAGUACGAGUUAUGAGAGUUUACUCGAAAUUUUUGGUUGAAUCAUUAAACUUUGCCUGUCCAAAAUUAGUUUCCAUUUAAGGACAAUGUUAGGUCAACCAAAUGUGCAAAUCAAAUGAUGUGUCAUCAAUAAGAAAUAAACACGUUAAUCAACACUUAAACAAAAAUGCUUUCUUAAAAAUUUAGUCUCUUUAGCAUUACUCUUAAAUUAAUGUUUUUCAAUGCUAUAACCCGCUAGGGAGAUUAAAAAAAAACAUGGAAAUUAGAGCUUGUUCACCGAUUAGCCAACUUUAAAAGUGGAUUUAGACCGUUGCCUGCAUUUCUGCAUUUUCUGGAACCUAAACCUAAUUUUGAAUUUAGAUGAAAUCGCAGUCAGAGUAAAUUAAUUAUAUAGUCCACACCCCAUAGACAACAACGGCCAUUUUUCUUCCACCUUUUUCACGCAUUAUUUCAAGUUCAAUUCAACUAAUUAAUAAAAAAAAAAAAAAUCUUCAUAUGAAAUACCCAUGAGA